CUGUGAGGGGGACACAGUGGACCGUAAACUCACAGGGGGAGACAACUCUCAGAGGACGACAGAGAAGACAGUCUGCACAGAUGGAGAACAUGAAGAGCGCCAGGAAGGACGACACAGGGGACGUCGGCAGCGAUUUAUCAGAGCAGAUUAAAGCAGCCACCAAAGAAAACCACGUCCGAGCUGAAAACACACAGCUGAUGUUGAGCUACCAGAAGGGGCAGAUCACGCUGCCUCAGUAUAAAGUGCUGCUGUGUUCGCUCUACCAGAUCUACAAAGUGCUGGAAGAGGAGCUCGACAGAAACUGCUCCCAUCCAGCCGUGGCACCGAUUUACUUCCCCCAAGAGCUCGCCCGUCUGGAGUCGCUCGAGAGCGACCUGGAGCAUUUUUUGGGCUCAGACUGGAGGAAGAAAGUGAUUGUUCCUGCAGCCACACACAGAUACGAGCAGAGGCUGCGACAGCUUGGUAAAGAGAGCCCGGAGCUGCUGGUGGCGCACGCCUACACUCGAUAUCUCGGCGACCUGUCGGGAGGUCAAGUUUUGGGAAAAAUCACCCAGAAGUCUCUGGGGCUGAGCAGCAAAGACGGGCUGUCGUUCUUCUCCUUCCCCGGCGUGAGCAGCCCGAAUCGCUUCAAGCAGCUUUACCGGAGCCGCAUGAACAGCAUCGAGCUGACGGCGCAGCAGAGAGCGGCGCUGCUGCAGGAGGCCGUCGACGCCUUCGAGUCCAACAUCCAGGUUUUCGAUGACUUGCAGAAAAUGUUGAGUGUCACAACAGAAACUGCAGACCAAUCAGAGCGCAGCGUCGUCAAAAACACGCUGUUCCCGUCUUCACCCAUCAUGCAGUUCACCGUGGGAGUGUGUGUGGCUCUGACCACCAUCGGGAUGGGAAUCUACGCCAUGUCGACCUCGACAGCACUUUAAACGCACAAACUGCACUUUACUGACAAACGAAAUUUAAUUUCAUCUCGAAAAUAAUCAAAUCACAUCUGAAACUGGGAUUAUUUUACUACGUAUUUGUAUGAACUUUAUAGAAAAUGUAACUUUUUAAUGAUUUUUGUUGAAUAAAAUAAUCAGAAUUGACACUA